GUAGCUCCUACGGGACCAUGGCUGGCCUUGUCCCAGCUUUAGGAGCACCAGCUUCAGAAUUGGGCUCAGGUUAGAAUUCUGGUUCUGCCACUUACCAUCUGUAGUUAAGACCAAAGACAUUGGGUUGGGUUCCUGCUUCCAUCAUGGACUUGCUGUGUGUCCUUGGACAAGUUAUUUAAACUCUCUGAACCUCUGUAUCCUCAACUGUGAAAGAGCUAGAGAAGCAGUUAAGCCCACCCCACAGGUAGAAUUGCAUGUCCACCUAGAUGGAGCCAUCAAGCCCGAAACCAUCUUAUACUAUGGCAGGCUGAGGGGGGUCCCCCUCCCUGCCGACACAGUUGAGAAGCUGCAGGAAAUCAUCGGCAUGGACAAGCCGCUCAGCCUCCCGGAGUUCCUGGAGAAGUUCAACUACUACAUGCCGGCCAUCGCGGGCUGCCGGGAGGCCAUCAAAAGGAUUGCCUAUGAGUUUGUGGAAAUGAAAGCCAAGGAGGGCGUGGUGUACGUGGAGGUACGCUACAGCCCACACCUGCUGGCCAACUCGAAAGUGGAGCCAAUUCCCUGGAACCAGGCCGAAGGAGACCUCACCCCCGACGAGGUGGUGGCCCUCGUGAGCCAGGGCCUGCAGGAAGGAGAGCGAGACUUUGGGGUGAAGGUGCGCUCCAUUCUGUGCUGCAUGCGUCACCAGCCCAACUGGUCCCUGGAGGUGGUGGAGCUGUGUAAGAAGUACAGGCAGCAGACCGUGGUGGCCAUCGACCUGGCUGGAGACGAGACCCUGAAAGGAAGCAGCCUCUUCGAGGGACACGUGAAAGCCUAUGAGGAGGCUGUGAAGAGUGACAUUCACCGCACAGUCCACGCAGGGGAGGUUGGCUCUGCCGAGGUGGUGAAAGAGGCUGUGGACGUACUCCAGACGGAGAGGGUGGGACAUGGCUACCACACUUUGGAGGAUGAGGCCCUUUACAACAGGCUGCGACAGGCGAACAUGCAUUUUGAGGUCUGCCCCUGGUCCAGCUACCUCACAGGCGCCUGGAAGCAGGGCACAGAGCAUGCGGUCAUUCGGUUCAAAAAUGACAAGGCUAAUUACUCACUCAGCACAGAUGACCCACUCAUCUUCAAGUCUACCCUGGACACGGAUUACGAGAUGACCAAGGACAUGGGCUUCACAGAAGAGGAGUUUAAGCGACUGAACAUCAAUGCAGCAAAGUCCAGUUUCCUCCUGGAACAUGAGAAGAGGGAGCUUCUGGAUCUGCUCUAUAAAGUCUAUAAGAUGCCACCUUUGGCCUCUGCAGCAGGGCAGCAUCCAUGAAGAUAUCGUGGCCGCCUCUCUGAGUCCCCAUCCUGUAGGUAGAGCCUUCGCAACUCGGGGAGGUUGAACGACACUCUUACCUUGACUCCAGGGAAGACUGUGGUUUCCAUAGUCAGCUGAUGCUCCUGAACGCUGUGUGUCCGCUUCUGUACAGAUGUAUACCUUGGUCGGCAUGGCCACCCCUCCGCCGCUGGUGACUGGAACCCCUCCUCCUAUGGUGACUUGUGCUAAAAAGCUAGUGCUUAAUAAAGAAGGCCUUGGCUGGUGUGCAA